AUGUGUUUGGAGAAACAUCAAAUCCCUCGUGUCCAUUUGAAUCGUCUCAAUUUCGACUUUGAAACGAAAGAUAAUACUGAACUAAAGUACAAUUUACCCAUUGAGUACUACGAGAAAGGGAUCUUUGUUAUUGACACCGAUUCGUUGCUUAACGAGCUUGAGAGAUGGUAUCUCGGGAAACGCAAAAUCGAGUACUGGAGAAUUGAUGUGAGUUCGGAGAGAGCUUGGAAACAUUUAAAAGAAUGGAUCAAUCAAAAGGGAACUCAUAUCAAGAAAACGCAGCUCGGAUUCGUUGUAACGGGAGCCGUCAAGAAUCAAGCGAAUCAAUGGUUCGUACUUGCUCACACCCAGGGUAAAAGCACCAAGCUAACCUGGCUCGACGUGCGGCGAAGGAGGCUGCGGAACAACCGUUUUUGCCUGCUCCUCAACAAGCAAAAGUCGAUAUCAAGCGAUUUG